AUGGCAAGUUUAAAAGAUAAUUUACCCCAGGAGGGUACCUCCAGCUUAGCUGGAGGAGAAUCCCUCCCCGCGGCCUCGGCCGCGGGCUGCCCCUCGUAUUCUGGGGGGGGCAAAAACUGCCUGACGGAUACAACGACGACCUUGGCUACGAAGAUGGACUCUGAAGCACGUGAUUUGGCUACGGAGAUGACGAGGCGCCCUUCACUGGAGGACGUCCUAAUGAAGGAGGCGAGAGUGCUGCUGGAGCGCGUUCCGAUCGUGGUGAUGAACGCCUCGCUGCAGCACCUCCCGGCAGCCAGUGACACCCCGGAUCCCGUCGCAAGGAUGGAGUGCGACGAUGGAGCAGCGUCAGACUCCGACUGCAGACCCGGCGUCGCGUCGGAAGGGUUUGGCGCGAAACGGCCCCGUCUCAGCGAUUACUCGACUGACGACGACCGGGCGGCGUCCCCUGCGGCGGCAAAGUGGCGCCAGCAGGAGAAGAGGGCGGUGGCCAAAGCUCGGGCCAAGAGCAAAGAGGAGGACCUGGAAAAGGAAACUGGGGUCGCUCGCUUCCGGCGUGAGACGCGGGCUGCCCUGUUCCCUAGACCGACCGGAGGAGCAGGAGGAAAAGACGCCGCUCAGAUUCAAGAGCAGGUGCGGGAGGACUUGGAGAUAAUAACAAAGGUGGCGACCAAGUCCUCCAGCCUGAAAGGUACCUUUGUGCGGGCCUUGAAGGACGCCGCUGCGUCCAUCAAGGAUGCGGUGGAAGUUCUCGGGGCCCGCACACAAACGGAGGAGACUCGGCAGCUGCAGGCGGAUAAUGCCCGCCUGCGCGCCGAAAUGGACGCUCUCCGCAAGGAGAUGGAGACGAUUAAGGACGACCUGCGGAAACGGGGUUUCGCGGGCCACUCUGACCCGGACGUGUCGAUGGAGGCCGCCCCCGCAUCACGGCCCCCACAUUCACCGUGUGAGACGCCCUCCGUGGAGGAGAUCUGUCGCGCAGUGAUGGUCCAGGUCGGCGGAAUGAUGAACGCCCGCCUGGCCUCGCUGGAAGACAGACUUCUCCCGGAGAGGAACCUACGGCCGCCUCUCGCGGCCGACAAAAGGAAUGGCGAGGGCACUUAUGCUGCCAAACUCGCCCGACAGCCACCCCGAUCGGCGGCUCAACUCGGCCCCAGCGGCAUACAACGCCGGGCCCCACCAGCGCCACAGCCACGCUCAUCGGGUCCUGCGCAGAGGCUGCCCAAGACCCAGGGGACGCCUUCGCCCCCUAGCGGAGAAAGCAAGAAGAAGAAGAGAAAGAAGAAAAAGAAAAAGAAGAAUGACUCGCCACCCGGGCAGCAGCAGUCGCGGCCCGCGGUGGGCGAAUGGAUUAAGGUGGGCCCUAAACGGCGGCUCCAGGAGAAGAAGGGAAUCGACAAACUUCAUGCACCUCGGUCGUCGGCGGUGACCAUCACGCUGCAGCCGGGCGCGGCGGAGAGCGGUGUCACCUACGCCAGCGUCAUCGCCUCGGCAAAGGCGAGGAUCAACCCAGCCGACUUUGGAGCCCAGGGUGUUCGCCUUCGGAAGGCUGCCAACGGGGGACGCAUUUUUGAGUUCCCGGGCGCCUCCAGUGGCGAGAAGGCGGACUCCCUGGCCCAGAGGCUGCGGGAGGUCCUCGAUGAUGGCGUCGUCCGCGUCUCCCGGCCCGUCAAGACGGUGGCCCUACGGGUGGCGGGGUUGGACGACGCCACCACCGCUGCCGAGGUGGUCGCCGCCGUCGCUGCAGCGGGUGGGUGCCCAGCUGACCAGCUGAGAGCGGGGGCGAUGUCGACCGGCCGCGACGGACUGGGAUCAGUCGUGGUCCAGUGUCCCGUCGCGGCGGCGAAGAAAGUCGCAACCGACGGCCGCCUGCUGGUCGGGUGGGUAUCCGCCCUGGCGAGGCUAAUGGAUCCCCGUCCCUCUGUUUGCUACAGGUGCCUGGCUCGAGGUCAUCUGUCCGGGCAGUGCCAGGCGGGGGUGGAUCGCUCCGGUGUGUGCUUCCGGUGCGGUCAACCAGGGCACAAGGCCCGCGGAUGCACGGCGGUGCCUCACUGUAUCGUCUGCGCCGCGGCCGGUGCCCCUGCGGAACAUCGCGCCGGAAGCAAGGCGUGUGUCCCCCCACCAAAAGGUAGGAGGACCAAGAAGGCAGGAGGGGACGGCCCGAGCCAGACGGCCGGGCAGUCCUCGGACCCACCCCAACAGGCGGCGGCGCCAGGGGCUGAGGAGGUUCCAAUGGCCAUCGGAUAA